AUGGCAAGAGCAGCAGCUCACCAAACCACUAGCCACGCCGACGACGGCAGCCCAGAAUGGAGCGUGGCCCCGGCCGCCGCGGCGGAACACGAGAACACCAAAAUCAGCAGCCGCCGGGCAUGCUGCGCGCCGGCAUUGGUGGCGCGUCGUCUCUUCUCGUGGCUGGUGGCGCUGAUGCACGGCAUGGUCAGCAUCGCCACGACGGCGUGCCUGUGGCUGUUCUCGUUGGCGGCCGCGGCGCGGGACAGGGUGGUGGGCGUCGCUAGGAUGGCGUGGAGGAUCGGCGCCGACGACCCUCGGAAGGUGGCGCACGGGUUCAAGAUGGCGCUCGCGCUCACCCUGUGCUCUGUAUUCUACUACGUCCAGCCGCUCUACGACUUCACCGGCCAGAAUGCCAUGUGGGCCGUCCUGACGGUUGUCUUCGAGUGUCUGCUUGUACAAAGGGCUGAACAGAGCCAUGGCAACGGUGACCGGCGCCGUGCUGGCCUCGGCGUGCAGCGGAUCGCCAGCAAGUCCGGCAAGGAGUUGGAGCCCUUCAUCCUCAGUGGCUCUCUAUUUGUUUUCGCCGCCGCGGUCACCUAUUCCAGGUUUCUGCCCAAGAUGAAAGCCCGCUUCGACUACGGCGUCGCCAUCUUCAUCCUCACGUACACGCUCGUCGCGGUGGGAGGGUACCGCGUCAACGAGGAGCUCCACGACCAGGUCGCCCGCAACAUGGACAAGCUGGCUGCCGCCGUCGAGAGCUGCGUAGAGGACUACUUCUCGGUGGCUGCAGCCGGUGUCGACGUCGCCGCAGCAGCAGCUCCGAAGCCGGCGCUGUCGGACAAGUCACAUGGAUAUAAGGCAGUGCUGAACGCCAAGGCCUCGGAGGACUCACUGGCCAACCUGGCGACGUGGGAACCCGCACACGGCAAGUUCGGUUUCCGCCACCCGUACCAUCUGUACCAGAAGGUCGGCGCAGCGAUGCGCUCCUGUGCCUACUGCGUCGACGCCCUCGCUGCCUGCGUCGGCUCAGAGGCCCAAACGCCAGCGCACGUCAAGAAGCACCUCGCCGGCGCCUCCGCCGCUCUAGGCCGCCAUUGCUCCGUCGGGCUCCGUUGCCUCGAUGACGCGGAGCUGUGGGACGAGCUGAGGUGCCUCGCGCCGCUACUGGAGCUAGACGAGUCCACAGACACAGAGCGGGAGCAGAACAUUACAACGGCACCGGCACCGGCGCCGCCCCUCAUCGAGGCGCUGCCCCUGUUCACAGCGGCCUCCCUCCUGUUGGAGAUCUGCACGAGGGCGGAGGGCGUUGUUAGCGCCGUCGACAACCUGGCCAUCACAGCGAGGUUCAAGAAGGCUGACCACGACGAGGAGACCACACAUUACGUCGAGGCGGCCGUGCCCACAACCAUGAGCACCAUCCUCACCGCAGACGCGCCGCAAGAGACACACCCUAGGGUUGCGGUCGACCACGGGAAGACGGAGACGCCAACGGACGUGAGCUCCGCCGACCAAACGCCUCGGGACCAGGUCGACGAGCUCCUCAAGGUGCUCAUGCGACGGCGGAGCACCAAGGUGUCCCCGAAGCCGCCGCUGGACUUCGAGGUCCACGCACCCAGCCCAAGGAGCCGGUCCAUGGAACUCACUGUCACGGGCCAUGCGCAGGUCGCGCCCAGUCCGAGGCACCGCUCCGUCGAGCUCACCAGCCACCCGCCAGUCGCGCCCAGUCCGAGGAACCGGUCGGUGGACUCUGCCAUUCAUGGACCUGUCCUGCCAAGCCCCAGGAACCGGUCCAUGGAUUUCGGCAACCAUGGGCCUGUCUUGCCUAGUCCUAGGCAUCGCUCCAUACUUGGGAUGGCCUGA